AUGGUACAGAAUAAGUCGAAUUUAAGUCUUGCCAAUAGAAGGCAAUCAUCAUUCUUUCGUCAAUUACCACCAGCAGAACCAGAUAUUUAUUAUGUUGGGGUUGAUGUUGGUACUGGGUCAGCCCGGGCUUGUUUAAUUGACACAAAUGGGAUUAUUUUGGGAUUGGCAGAACGUCCAAUUAAACGUCAAGAAUUACAAGCAAAUUAUAUCACUCAAAAUUCUACGGAAAUUUGGGAUGCUAUUUGUUAUUGUGUUAGAUCUUGUCUUAGAGACUCUGGAGUACAACCAGAAGAUGUCUUUGGUAUAGGUUUUGAUGCUACAUGUUCCUUAGUGGCAAUUUCUGAACUGACCGAUCAACCAGUUUCUGUUGGCCCCAACUUUAACAAUGAUAAGGAGAAUAUUAUUUUAUGGAUGGAUCACCGUGCUGUUGACGAGACCAAUGCAAUUAAUGCUACUGACGAUAAAUGCUUGAAAUAUGUCGGUGGACAAAUGUCAAUUGAGAUGGAAUUGCCUAAAAUGAAGUGGUUGAAACAUCACAAACCUGGUGGAAUUAAAGAUUGUAAAUUCUAUGAUUUGGCUGAUUAUUUGGUUCACAAGGCAACUGGUACUGAAACUAGAAGUUACUGUUCUGUUGUUUGUAAACAAGGGUUUGUGCCAAUUGGUGUUGAAGGCAGUGAAACUGGUUGGUCUGAAGAUUUCUUAUUGUCAGUAGAUAUGCCUGAGUUGGUUGAAGACGAUUUCAGAAGAUUAGGUGGUAUUCCUGGGAAAAACGGUAAAUAUUUGACUGCUGGUGAUGCCGUUGGGAAAUUGACUCCUGAAUCUGCUGAGGAAUUGGGUUUAACCUCAGAAUGUAUUGUCGGAUCUCCUGUUAUUGAUGCUUAUGCCGGAUGGGUUGGUACAGUUGCCGCUAAAGCCGAUAUUCCUGCAUUACAAGAGGAAGAUGCUCAUUCUGAUGGAUCAAUUGGAACUGCCUGUGGCAGAUUGGCUGCUGUUGCUGGGACUUCCACGUGCCAUAUAGCCAUGACGAAAGAGCCCUGUUUUGUUCAAGGUGUUUGGGGUCCAUAUAAGAAUGUGAUGGCUGAGGGUUAUUGGUUGGCAGAAGGUGGCCAAUCUAUUACAGGUCAAUUGCUUGCUCAUGUGUUAGCUAUCCACCCAGCUAACCAUGACUUGAUAAGAAGUGCAGAACAAUCCAAUAUUUCCAAAUUUGAGUAUUUGAAUUCGAUUUUAGAAGGAUUAGUCAAUGAUAAGAAUGAAAGAUCUGUCGUAUCUUUGGCCAAGCACAUGUUUUUCUAUGGAGAUUUCCAUGGUAACAGAUCCCCGAUUGCUGAUCCAAGAAUGAAGGCAAGCAUUAUUGGGCAAUCAAUGGAUAACUCAUUAGAAGAUUUGGCAAUUCAAUAUUUUGGUGCUUGUGAAUUUAUUGCUCAACAGACAAGACAAAUUAUUGAAGAGAUGGAAAAGUCUGGCCACAAGAUUUCAUGUAUCUUCAUGAGUGGUGGUCAAAGUAGAAAUGGUUUAUUGAUGAGAUUAUUAGCUGAUUGUACCGGGUUACCAGUUAUUAUUCCAAGAUACAUAGAUGCUGCAGUUGUUUUUGGUGCCUCGUUAUUGGGAGCUGUCGCCGCAGAAGAUGCAGUUGCUGAACAUUGCAGAGAUAAAACGAGGUCAAGAAGAUCUUCUUCAUUUUUAGGUAAAGGUUCUCACACCAACUUGAAAGACAGAGGCUCAAUUUCUCCAUACACUGCCCCAUCUGCUACUUCAACCACCAAUUUAAGCAUGUUAGCUUAUGCAGAAUCUCACCAAGGGCCAGCUCAAUUGACACCAAUGAAUGAGGAAACUGAUUACUUUAAUCAAACUGUUCAACAAAAAGGGGGAGCAGCAGCUGAUUCCCGCAAUUCGGCUAUCAAGAGUGAUGACGAGUCUGAUGAUGACACCACAUUAUCAUUUGGUUCUAAACAACAAACACAAAAAGGGCUUUCACAAAAGUUGGCAAGUUUGAAUUUGAAACCAUUAACUGCUGCCACCACCAAGCCCAAUGCUCCUGGGGCUGCAUUGUGGAAGGUUAUGAAAAAGAUGACUGGUCCUGGUAAAGUUAUUUAUCCUCAUCCUGAUGAUAAUCCUGAACGUAGAUUAUUGGAUGUCAAAUAUAAGAUUUUCUUGGAACAAUGUUAUAGUCAAAGGAAAUUCAGAGAUAUGGUUGAUAAAAUCGAAUUAGAAAAUGCAAAGCUUGCCCAAAAACAUUAA